AUGUCACGGGACUGGAGAAACGACCCGUUCUCAACGCCGGCCCGCCGUCGCAGGCUUAUCAACGACGUCUGCAAGGUCAUCGUCCGGACUUACACCCAUGCCUCCGUCUUGCGGGUCGUGGGGCUUCGGAGGGAAGAACGCUACGCCACCCGCAUCCAGGCCGCGUUCAGGAUGAUAUCGACUCGGCGACUGUUUUGCGCCAAGCUCGAGGCUAGGGUCAGUGCCGCAUCGGUGCUGCAGCUGGGGUGGCUGUCGUGGGCGGCUCAAAGGCGGGUGCGGGUCCUCAGGGAGACGAGGGAUCACGACCGACGCGUGGAGGAAGGAAGGCGCAAGAGACGGGAAGAUCACGAGAGGAGAGAGAGGAGUCGCCGGAGGGAGGAACAGCGAGAGAGGGAGGGGGAGGCAACGGAGAAGCGACAACGAGAGCUGGAGUCGGCGGUUGUCUUGCAACGGCGAUUUCGAGCUAGACAAGAGGCGCGUCGACGGCUAACGCAAGCUCAACGACUCCGGGACGAGCAGCAUCGGGAAGCAACAGCCAUGAUGCAGGCUACCACAGUCAUUCAAGCGGCGUUUCGACGUCACCAGCGCGGGCGACGACGGCGCGAAGAACGAGAGCACAAGCAACGAAGGGCUCGCGACAAGGCCGCUAUCGAGGGCUUGGCGAGCGCACGGCUCCAACAGGCCUGGCGACGGUAUAAGGCCGCCAAUGAGCUCAACCGACGAAGACGCCGGGAACUCGAAACAUCUGGUCUGCCUUCAUCGACCACUGAUGAAGACGCGAUGGAACAUCGCACGGAAGGAGCAUCCUCUAGGUCGCUGUGUUCCAACGAGGGCCAUCCUGACCCCAAGGACGAGGAUCCGGACAUCUCGAAGAAGGGCGUUCGACAAGAUAUGUCGGGGGACGUCAACAAAGGAGCUUCAGGCUGGGACAACUGGUCGUCCGCUUUCGGAGUCAACUCUUCACUCGCUGCGGAAAUAGCGCGGGAAGGGGAGACGGACAAUGCUGCCGAAAACGUCCGACCCUGGACUUCAACAGGAGCUGCGGAGAGCCCUGCACCAUCACGAAGCCGCCAUCAUCACCCUAAAGAUCCUCCCCCCGCCGGGAUGAUGACAGUGACGGUACGGAGGGGAUCAGAGGAGACCAGCUUGGUGACGCCGAUUGUUCUUACCGAAAGCGGCGGCGAAGACAUGGACGCAGAAACAACACGCGAAUCCGAAAUUGGCACAGCGUCGGCCACAGCCGGCGUGUCGGUGGUGACGGCCGACUCAAGUAUCCUCGGCAGCGACGAGAGCGGAGGAACUCGGCCCCGAGCAGUUGCGGUUGCAGACAAAACUGUGCGCGUCGCUGAGGCUAAGGGUGCCGCCCCUCCGGCUCACGCCGACACACCAAAAUCAAGAAGAAAACAGGCGGAGAGGACGAAAACGCCGGCAAGUGCAAUAGCUGCAUCGGAGGUCGCGAAGCCUGCAAACCCGGCUCCAAAACAAGACGCUGACGACGCGGCGGUAGCGGGGAAGAUCUCGCAGAUACCUUCCACCACGGCACCCCAAAUAGCCAACGAGGAGGCCAAAGGUGUUUCAGCGAUGGUUCCGGUGGCGCUCCUAAGAAAGGGGACUGCUGCGAGCGAGGGGGACCCACCGAUGACAGUAUCGACACCGAUGACCGAGCCAGCCGAGGAGGCAGCCCGAGACGUAGUUGAGCCUACGGAACAGCUGUUCAUGGAGGACACGCAGGUAUACCUUGGGUGCGGGAUGUGCGGCGUCAAGUACCUCGUCGAAGCUGUGGACCCUGGGGUGUCAAAAUCAGCGCAAGGGCAACCAACGCCAGAAGUUCUCUACCUCUGUACCACCUGCGGCGCGACUCUCCGAAACAACGGCGAGGACGGUCGCUGGAAGCGCCGCCGCCGUCCAAGCAGCGCACCCGCGGCGGGGCGCCGUCGCCGUAGCGCCUUUUCGGUCGGCGGUCGCGACGGCGGCGCAAGAGCAAACAACGAAUACGGACCACCACCAGGCAACGGGUGGAACGGCGACAGGGCGACCGCCCUUGUCGAGUCUCCGAGUGUUGUGGAAAGCCUUCAGCAGGCGUUGCAAACGGGCGGAGGCAAGCGACAAGGCGAGAACGAUUCUGCUACGAGGCUUCGGUAUGCUCACUGCGCGAAGGCAAUCCAGCAUGCGUACCAGAACUUUCGGCACCGGCAGUACCUGCGCGAUUGGGCCUUUAGUCUGGCUUCUAAACCACCCCUAAAGUUUUUUCUUCCUCUCCUGAUGCUGGGCGGUGGCACUGACCUCGCCUUUUCCAUUCCGUUCUCGAGCCAGCUUCGCCGUUGGCUUGUUCGCCAAAUGCAGUCGUGGAGGAGGGCGAAGCACUGCCUUCGUUGCCGCCGUGCUACAGUGACGUUGCAGUCUGCCGCCAGAGCCAUGUCCGCCCGCAGACGGUGCUCCACCCUCCGGGCCGCCAGACUACGGCUUUGGACCGACAGGGUUGCUGCUGUUUACGGCAAUGGCGGCGACGAGUACUCUCCAUCACCGGUUGCAGCGGAGCUGUUAUGCGAGUUGGAAAGGCUCACAACACCACUGCCGCGACCCCCGGGGCUAUCGCCGACGCUGGCGUCGCAGCCCCCGGCGGUUGUCAAAGCGCGGGGUGGUUUGAGGGCUAACGUUGCCUGCGGAAGGAGUAGGGGGCGUGCGUUGGCGGAGGCUUUGGCCCCAAGCAUGGAACGGCCACCGCCGGGGUGCCCAGCGGCGCUUGAUGUGGACUGGGGGGAGUGGGGUGUCGGGCUUAGGCUUGAAUUCCCGUGUUCUCCCCGUACUUGGUGA